GGAGGUGAUGACGGAGCCAGGGGCGAGGCCUGGCGGCGCCCGCUGCUCCCGACCCUGCGUUGGCGGAGCGCCGCGAGAGGUCCCCACGGAUGCCUUCAGCUCUGCUCUGCUCACCUCCCUCCCUCAAGGACACAUCCUGGAGGGCGUCUGCGGGCUCGGGGAGACUGCGGGCCGUGUGAGCGCUGCGACCGCUGGCGCGCCAGGCAGCCGUGGGUAUGUCUGCGCGCUCCAUGCCCCCCGUCGGGCCGGGCGCGCUCUCCAAGUCUGGGGCGCCGCUGGGGGCGCCGCGUGGCCCCGCUCCCCCGCCCCCGUUUCCUGCGUCCCUUUCUUCCGUCUGGGGCAACCGCAACGAGUUGGCCGAGCUGCAGGCUUCCCUGGGGCGGGGGAUGGGUCCAGCGCCGCUCGCCGUGCUUGCCCGCGUAGGCUAUUCUUGGCCGGCGCGUUCCUGCCUGCGCAGGCACACCGGCGCGCGCUCGUGCCAGAAACUGUGGGCGCCAGCGGCCUCGAUUCACGCGCUGUGCUCAUGAGCCAAGAGCCCCCUCGCCUCGCCCCGUGACUGGACCAGGGCCAGCGCUGGGGCUUCCUGGCACUUGACUGCAGCCAGUGGCCCCCGCUCCCCAGCUGGAGGAGUACC